ACCAUUUUUGGGCUCUCAGCUAUCCUGUGGAACACAGCUGCCAUUGUUCUUCAAACGCUCCACUAAAGACGGGUGGAAGUGGAGGAACCAAGGGAUUGGAUCAUUCAUGCUUCAUUAUUGGCAUCAUUUUUCAGAUUUUCUCCUCCUCUUCAGUCGUACUUUACCCCUUCCAGUUAUUACUUACCAAUAGUGUCGAGCAGUGGAUCUCAUAGUGCCUGACUUUUUGCAGUUGAGAUCUGGCCACGCGAGUAGGACUAGUAGGAAGAGGGGGAGAAAAAAGAGGGGUGAAUUUAGUGGGAAAAAAAUGAAAAAGAAAAAAAGAACCAAAAAAACAAAGACGGCAGAGAUAGUUAGUCUCUUAGGUAGACUUGGUAGUUUGGAGAUGCGGGUCAUUCUAGUGAUUUUCGCAGUAUCUGGAGGAUUGCCCGAUCUGAUUGGGCAGAUCGAGAUGGAUGAUGAAGGAAGCAAAAAGGGGGGAAUAUUGGGACGCAAACCGACGUCAUUAUACUUUGACAACAGUGACGGGCAGCUGAAGCGGUCGGCAAGAGAAAAAUGACCAUAAAUCGUAAUAUUCGAUAUC